AAAUGCUACAAAUAUCACAUCAAAUACCACCAGAAAUAAAUAGAAUAAGAUAAUUGGUAAUUAGAGUGAAUUAUGUUAGAUAUGCAAAGCAGGCGAUGAUGGUGCAGAUACAUUCAAAAAGGAUCUAUAAAAAAUAGUUGAUGUUUUAGGGGAAUAUUAUUAAUAAAAUAAAUAAGAGGUGAAGGAUGCGAUGAUAUAAUCAUUCAUUUAAUGUGCAAAAUUGUUGCCACUCAAAGCUGGAAUUUAUGCUACGAUAUUGGCACUCUUAUCAACUAAAUAGGUAAUCAUUAAUGAAGUCAAUAUUUUAAUUAGACUACACAAUCCUUGACAGACUAGAUCAUUCUUGGACUGCUUGAACAUCUUCCCUAAAUAGCCUAAGAGGAAACUCCUAUAUUGGGAUAAACUAUCCUCAAAUUUCUCAGUGAAUUGAUGAACGUUGGUUUGCUUAAUACUGUGAGUUUUGUAGAAUGCUUGUAUGAUUUGGAAGGAGGAGCUGAGAAUGAGCAAUCACCAUUCUAUCUCCAGAUAUUGUUAACAACACUCCCUCAUGCUAUGAUUAAGGCAAUGGAGAAGAAUCAGAUCGAAUUCAAAAACAUCAUUUAGAAUGUUGAAGUCUUAAUGACCAAGAGAAAAACUGAAGAUAGAUUGUUUCAUUUGUGGCAAUCCAUACGCAACUUUUUAAACAAUUAAGAGAAAGAUGCCCACACCUAAAUCUUUUAACAAUUCUUGAAAACCUCUUAUCCAAGGCCUUACUUGUUGUUUCCUGAUGAGAUGACAUAAGUCAGGCAAUUAAGGAGAGGGUUCAAGAUUCCUAUUGUAAAGAGAACCUAAAUCUGGAGACCUUAAUAGAUAUUGGUUCUAAAUGAUGAAAUUAGAUCACAAAACAGCAAUAAAACUGAUGUUCAAAUAGAAAUCACCAGAUAAUGGAUCUAUGAAACAAUUGAUCUAUUCAAGACCAAUAGACAGUAAAUCGUAUUCCAAUUUCAAUUGUACUAGAAUUGCAUUAAAAUGUCCCCAACAUAAGAGUAUUUACUAUCUUCAAUAAUAGAGCUCAAUUCAGAUAAACCUUAAUUUUCACCUUGUUAAAUAUGGCUAUAGAGGUGGUUCCAAGAAAAGACCAAUUAUCCUCUGCCUUCUACAGUGGACUACUGACUCAUUUAAGCCAGAGAAAUUCAGAUAGCAUAAAGGAAUGGAAUGAAACUAUAGAACAAUUCAUUGAUUAAAUCCCAUAAAAUAAUGUCUUGAUUAUAGAACAACUAAGUGAUUGUUUAUCUCAUUACUUUUGCAAUUCUAACUUUAAAUUGAAUUGGGACAAGUAUUUCGGAAAGUACAACCCUGACGAAACAGAUAGCUUCAAUAAUUAUCUAGUCAUUAUGAUAUUUAGAAAACUAUUUCUAUUGGUUAGUGUCGAGAAGAUUACAGAUUUAGUACCCAAGAAUAUUAUCGAUUGGUAUAGUUAAUUACAGGAUAUCACGAAGCCUUUAGAUAUUGAAUAACAUAGUUUGGCAGAGAAGAUUAAUUCAUAUCUUUAAUAAAAAUUGAAUGGAGUUGAUAUGCUUGAAUAAUUAAAAUUGAUUACCAAUCCAAAUCCAGAGACUGUCAUUCAAACCUUUCUAGAAUGUCUAUUGUAAUGUAUAUCCAAAUCCAUUACUCAUUUGAAUGUGUUAAGCAAAAGAUAUCUCUCAUUUUUGUUGUAGCCAAACAUAAUUAAACCUGAAAAAUUAGGUGAAAUUAUGCUCAACACAAUUUUUAAAAUGUGGAAUCAUUCAGUUUUUCAUCUAAAAGUCUACUUGAAGGAGUUUUUGAAUCUAGAAGUUAUUACUAAUUUAUAAGUAAUCAAUUGGUUAAACGACUUAAUUAAAUAAAAACCAGAAGUAAAUUUACCUCUAUUAUAAAGGUUUUUAAAAUUUAUAAUGUACUCAUUGCAAUAAACGAUGUUUUCAGAAAAUAGACAAAACUAGAUCAGGUCCAAGAUUGCACCUACGAAAGUGUUAAGGAAAUAAACACCAUUUUGACAAAAAUGAUCGAAUAGGAACAAGGUUUUUAAUAUUUAAUAUCAAUAGAUGUCGUAAUCUAAUCAAGUUUAGAAAACAUUUAGCUCUAAAUAUUGAUUGCAUUUAAAUAAACUAACGGAACCUAAUUGGAGAAGCUAUUAAAAGAAAUAAAAUCAACUAAUGUUAAAUAAAUUGUUAUGUCAUUUUGA